CUCUAACCCAGGAGCGCCGGGACACGAUGCCCGCGAGGUUCGGUGUGGUGGUAGUGCGGUUUGAUCCCCUACUCACUCUGCGCGCAGAGCACACGGGCCUAGCAAGUUGAAGCCCAGUCGUAUCGGCCGUUCGGCGCAACCCCGUUUCAACGUGAAGAGUAGGAGAGAGAACAGAGAAGGAAAAAAAAAAAAAAAAACAAAGAAAGAUAGAAAAAACAAAACAGGGAGGAGAUAAAAGGUGCCGAUCGACUCGCUAGGCCCGAAACCUCCGAAACGCCGUGGAGGUCAGCGUACACGCCGCGUACCUUUGCAGAACGGCGAGCAAAUCGCGCGCGAACAAAGCGAGUUCAGUGAUAACAGUGAAUAAGUGGAAAAUCGCAGCCAGUCGCCCCGUGUCCGCCAUUGUGCUUCUCCGAUUCAACGUCCGUCGUCUUACGGUGUCUCGCGAGUUCUCAAUCAGGUCGACGUCGCAGCAGCGGCAACAGCAAACAUCAAGCAGCAGCAGCCGACCUCCUCCUGAUACUUACUCGCUCCUGUAGUACGAAAUGCAACACAUCGUCUCUGACCGACUGUUUAAACUGAUUACAAUAAAUUCGUAACAAUGUAAAAACGUCAACGUCGAAAGUUCCUUUUCUUUACGAAAACAAUUAUUCGAACUAAAUUAUACGAUCUACCAAUUUCCGUCUCUUUUCGUUUCAUUUCAAAUUUCCAUCAGCGCGUAAUAAUAACGAUAAUAACAAUUGUUCUUUCAUUAUUCAACGAACAGUGAACAGUGCAACACGUCGUAAUUACGAAGUGACUGAUUGGAUUGGAUCGACCGAUCGAUUCCUUGACUUUUGUCCUCCGUGUUGUGUUUUAAAUUGUGAACCGUGUUCGUAAACUUGUUACAACAUCGAACAAACAAGCGUACACCAAAGGCCUAACCGAUAAAACUAGAUAAGACUAGAAAAAAAAGAAAAAAAAAAAAAACAGAAGAAGAAGAAGAAAGAAACGUAACAAAAAGGUAACAAGUGAAAUAAAAACAAAGAUAAAACUAGAAAAUAAAGACUAAACGAAUAAGAAAUCGAAAGAAAUGAGAACGGAAUAAAAUGAAUUUUAAUAUCGAUACGUAUCGGAGGGACGAUAAUUCUUAAAUUCGGACUGAAACGUGUCGAUAAAAAAAAAAAAAACACACACAUAUAUAUAUAUAUAUAUAUUUAAUCUAGUAAAAGUUGUUUUUAAAACGCGGUGUUUCGCACAGCGCAGGGAUCGCUGUGUGUAUGAUUAAUAAAGAGUGAUCUGCCCCCCUCCCCCCCUGCCCCUUCUACCUUCCAGCCACCCACACAACCCCAAAUAAGCGUUAGGCUGGUGUAUAAAUAAUAAUUGUACAACGGACGAUUGUUUCCGUUGAAUCGUCAAGAAAAGGAAAGAAGAAUAGAGGGGGAGAGAGAGAGAGUGAGAGAGAGAGAGCAAUAUUUUACCAAAGAGAAAUAUAAAAACGAAGGAAGGGGAUCGUCGUCGGCCUUCCUUGGAAGGGGUUACGGCACGUGGUGUUCAGUCCUGCAGAUGGGAUCAGGGCUGCAGAGGCCCGACAGGGUAGUAAAAUACCAAGACAUUUCAUUCCCCCUGAUUCGGACAAGUAAUCUCGAUCAAGCUGGAAUUGAUGGAGUUGGAGAACAUCGUAGCCAACACCGUUUACCUCAAAGCCAGAGAAGGCGGUGGUGACAGCAACAAAGGGAAAAGUAAGAAAUGGCGGAAAAUUUUGCAAUUUCCACACAUUUCUCAAUGCAUCGAUUUCAAGAACACAUUGGAUAUCAAGUACAGCUACGUGGUCGAUCAGCAGCCGAUUGGGAGGCUGCUGUUUCGUCAGUUCUGCCAGAACAAGAAGCCAUCCUACCACCGUUACAAUCUGUUCUUGGACGAGAUCGAGAAGUACGAGAUAGAGAUGGACGAGAAUCGAUCGGAGGUCGGAAAAGAGCUGUUCGAGCACUACCUGAAGCACGAGGCUUCGGACGUCGUGGACGUGCUGAACGACGCGCUUAUAACCCAAUGCGAGGAGCGUCUGAGUCUUGGGAACAGGGAGCUCUUCGACGAGAUAUCCCAGAAAGUGAAGGACUUCCUUGCCGGGGAACCGUUCUCCGCGUUCCUGACUAGCUUCUACUUCUACCGGUACCUUCAAUGGAAGUGGCUCGAGAGCCAGCCGGUCACCUACAAGACCUUCCGCAUGUACCGAGUCCUGGGUAAGGGUGGUUUCGGCGAGGUCUGCGCCUGCCAGGUUAGAGCCACGGGGAAGAUGUACGCCUGCAAGAAACUCGAGAAGAAGCGUAUCAAGAAACGGAAGGGCGAGGCGAUGGUACUUGUCGAGAAGAACAUACUCCAGAAGAUAAACUCCAAGUUCGUUGUGUCUCUGGCCUACGCCUACGCGACCAAGGACGCCCUCUGCCUCGUCCUGACCAUCAUGAACGGCGGUGACUUGAAGUUUCACAUAUACAACAUGGGCGGCGAUCCGGGCUUCGAUGUGAACCGGGCCAGGUUCUACGCCGCGGAAGUCGUCUGCGGUCUCGACCACCUUCACCUUCAAGGCAUCGUUUACCGCGACUGCAAGCCCGAGAAUAUACUCCUCGACGAUCACGGGCACGUAAGGAUUUCCGACCUUGGACUAGCGGUCGAGAUCAUGGAGGGUGACAUGGUCAAGGGUAGAGUUGGAACCGUCGGCUACAUGGCUCCCGAGGUCAUCGACAACGAGAAGUACACCUAUUCGCCGGACUGGUUCAGCUUCGGGUGCCUUUUGUACGAGAUGAUCGAAGGCCAGGCACCGUUCAGGGCCCGGAAGGAGAAGGUGAAACGCGAGGAGGUCGACCGCAGGGUCAAGGAGGACCAGGAGAAGUACUCGCACAAGUUUACGGAGGAGGCGAAAAGCCUCUGUCAGCAGUUGCUUAAAAAGAAUCCCAAGUCAAGGCUCGGCUCGAAAUGCGGAAGGCAUGGAUCCAAGGAGGUCAAACUUCACAGCUUCUUCCAGUGUCUGAAUUGGAAGAGGGUUGAAGCUGGGAUGUGGGAACCGCCUUUCGUGCCUGACCCGCAUGCCGUUUACGCUAAGGACGUUCUGGACAUCGAGCAAUUCUCCACUGUCAAGGGUGUCAACUUGGACGCAACCGACGACACUUUUUACAGCAAAUUCAACACCGGGAGUGUCUCGAUUCCGUGGCAGAACGAGAUGAUUGAGACCGAAUGCUUCAAGGAGUUGAACGUUCUGGGACCAGACAACACCCCGACUCCGGAUCUCCUGAUCAAUCAUUCGCCACCUAGCAACGAGAACAGAGGAUGCUUUCCGUUUCGAAGAAAGAAGAAGCAAAGCGCCAGGACCCGUGAAAUACCCGUCUCCGAGUGUUAUCUUCUCGAGCUAUCUCAGAACCAGAUCUCGGAGAUGCCGGCCAGCUGAUCCCGGAUGAAUUCGGGAUUAUUGGAAACAUCGACACCGUCGGCUCGCCGGCACCCGCGUUGCUGCCUCUAACUAUAUUAGGCGGGGAAAUAGUAAGUCUCGGACCCAGCGCGGCGCGGCGCGGCGCCCUGUUGCAAGUCGAAAUAACAGCACUAUUGGUAAAGUGCACGCUGGGUAAUCCAUACAUCAUACCAACUACGAAGACGGUUCCACGUCUCGACGGACACCGAUAUCAAGACCAUACGCGACGUUGCCAAAAGGACACUUCGAACAACAAGGAACGAUGCCAGGCGCCAAUGGAACAGAAAAAAAACAAACAACUACCGUUGUCUUUGGUACAAAACAUCCUCAGGCCGGAUUGAACCGGGCUUGUAGAGUUCACUGACAUUAAUUUACUCUAAUUAACGGUAAAACAAAUGAAUAAUCGCAAGAGGAAACGAAUGAGUGAUGACAAAGACCGAUAGAGCAGCUCUCAAAUUAUCUUGUCAAAAAAAAAAAAAAGAAGAAAUUACGUGACGAAUAAUAUUUUUCUAUCGUACGAUGUAUUUCUCUCCAUUUUUUUUUUUUUUUUUUUAACCAUCAAAAGACGCCAUCUGGUAGCAGGAAGCUUAUUACUUCUAAUAGGUCUGUAUUUGAUUGUGAAAGUUAUUUUUUAACCGGUAUUAUUCCCUUUAUCAACUUAAUGUAACAAAAGAAAAGUGUAAUCAUUUGCACGGAGAUUUUUAAUGCCCGUUUGUAUUCGUACUAUUGACCUAAAACCAUCAGCUGAUAAGCCAGUUGCGGCGCCAUAUUGCUUUAGCCACACCCAUUAUUUUUUGGGAUUCCAGAUUUGAGAGCGUUAUUUCUGUGCUUGGAAUAUCACGAACGAUAUUCAUUGUUGCGCCACUGUCUUUCAGAUAUUUGCACCAACAACUCUUCCCUCUCUCUGACUUCCCAUUUUUCAAAUAACCGUUACCUCGCGGUUGAAAGAAGACUGCGAAAACCGCGAUCUCGGAUUCUUUCGAAGUCCAGAUAAAAACUUACUAUGCAAAUGAAUGAUGAUCAUCGCCCGAACCGCGGCAUUUAACGGCCCUACGAAUCAAGCCAAUCAAUUAAAAACAGAACGUAUUUUCGCACAUUCACCUCGUUAAUAUGGAUAAAUUCUGACGUCGGAAUGCCAUUUAAUGUGAUCAAGUAUCCAGCUGUAAUAAUCGCACUUAUAUAUAAUAUAUUUGUUCGUAUAAAAAUUGAAGGUCUGAAAAACUCAAAUUAGUCAUUUAAGGCUUUCUUCACGAGAGACAAUUAGAUAAUAAGUUUAGAAUAGCGUUAAUUUUGAAACGUAAAUAUUGUUAUUUCUCAGGCCAUUUGCGGAUACUGAAGAGUCGCAUGCCGAUGCGUUUCUGCCGGUCGAACGACUUUUGGAACUGACCAAUUGCUGAAUUUCAUCUCCAACAGUAGUAAAUGAGAAUUAUAAACACCGACUGAUUCGUUCAAAAUAAUACAAGGUGAUAAUCUCGUAGCUGCAGCUUCAGCGAAAGUUAGUAUCUUGAAAAAGAGCGAUCAGUUUUUCAAUCUCUCUAACUUUCGUCUUCGAUGGACAGUUUUCACAGUUAAAUAUCUAAUCUGGGUUUGACGUUGCAGACGAAACUUUGAUCCGUUCGAAAGUUGAAUUAGAAAAACUACGAAUCGUGGUCAGUUCCCAAAAGCGGCUUUUUCGACGGAGGCAAAACCGAGUCUUGUGCGUACGCUGAGAAUUAUAAUUAUAAAGACAUAGCUCUCUUAAGUUAAAUGGUCAAGAGAUUGCAAUAGCUUUUAAGAUUUAAUACCAACGGUACUACGAAAACAAUUUUGAAUCUCAUACCUUUUUCUAUUACGUGACUUUCUCAAGUUAUUUUACCGUUGUGUUAUUACAGAAAGUAGUUUAAUGCACACUUUAAGAUUAUUACUUCAUCAUUGAAAAUUAGCAAUGUCAACAUUGGAUUCAUCAAACGCAUUCUAUUAUGUAAAAAAAAAAGCCAAAGCACCAUUCAAAAUGCCAUUUUGGCUUUCACACCGAACAGUCGGACCUCAAAGAUCGUACAAUCUAAAGUUUACCGCUUUUUUACGGUGACUUGUUGUAGCUAUUAUCUUAUUUCGCAUAUGGUUGCCCAAAAAUUGCUACUGUAAUUAAAACUUGAACUGUUCGAUAUCAGAGAUGAAAAACAAUUUCAUAGUCCAUUUUAUUAUGCCUGGGAACUUUGCAAUAGAAGUCUUGAGUUAUAUUAAUAAAAACCUAUACAGGGGAAAUAAGCAAGAGGCAUAAGAUGUUUAAUGUUUAAUUUUUUUUUUUUUUUUUUUCCCCCUUCCAAUCGGAAACGGAGUCGUAAAAAAAUCAUUAAAAUUCAAUCAAAAUAACGAGUGAUUUGUGAACUUGAAGUGCAGUUUAAUCUUCGAGAAUUUUUUGAAUUGUUUCAAUGUACAAAUUAAUGACGAAAGAAAUUUAUUAUUUAUUCGAAACUAAUGACUAGCGCAUCCUCUAGGAUUUGAUAUAAAUAUGACAGAUAUUUUUAUUAUUAUUUAUGAUUAAUUAAAGCAUCAGUUUGACUAUUGCCUACUGAUAGUAUACGUUGCUGGCAAUUUUUUUUUUUUUUUCUUUUCUACUGCAAAUUUAGUUUUUCCUCGCGGCUUACCUGCCAGGUAUAUGAAAUAUAGACCGAAAUAUGCCAAACUAUUACUAUUAUUAUUAUUAUUGUUGUUAUUGUUAUUAUUAUCAUCAUUAUCAUCAUUAUAGUUAUACAAUAUGCAUUAGUCGAAAAUACAAAUUCUAAAAAUUUACAUCGAAUGCCAAAAAAUUUAGGAAAAUUGUGAAUAUUUCGUAAAUAAAGAAACUCACGAAGGAACAUUCAAAGCAUUUGACAACGUGUGUCGCGUACACGAGAAAACUGAACGACAUUUCAUUUAACGUACCUUAAAAUAUUGGCGUGCGUACAAGAAGGGAUCUACUUCGAAGUAUCCUAUAGUACCUCAUUAAAGAAUUGUAUUAUACGACAGUGAUGAAUCGAAUUGUAUGAAAAGAAGGAUGUGUCUAACAAGGUGAUUAGGGUUAGAAUGCAUUCUUGAUCUUGAAUAUUAUAAUAUACGUUAUAGAUAUUUUUUUUUCCCCCCUGUUUACUGUAGUUUCUUCUACCGGCCUCCUAUACUAUUGAGAUACUCCGCGCACAAGGUUUAACUGUGUAUUAGUGAUAUAAAUUAUAUACAUACAUAUAUAUAUAUAUAAAAAAAAUACACUCACGCACUUACCACUCACACACACAAAAUAAUUUAAUUUUAUUCGAUUAAUUUAACUGUUAAGCUCGAAUCGAAUAACUGUGUACAUCUGUCUCGAGACACGGACGAUUAUUUUAUAAAAUUGACGUGUUUACUCAAAACAGAAGAAGAAUUAGGGAAAAGUAACGUGAAACGUUGCAAAAUGAAAAAGCGUACGGUGCAAUUUCUUUUUAUUAUUGUUGUUUUUAUUAUUAUUUUCUUUCUUUCGAUUUUUUUUUUUCUCUCUCAUAUCAUUCAAUUUUAUUUCUGUUGAAAUUAUUUAAAAAAAAAAAAAACGUGUGUAUAUUUUUAUCAAUCGUUAAUAUUAAUAAGUACUACGUACGCGCUGAUUGUUUUUGCCCAUUUUGAUUAAGGAUUUACUUUAUUUUUUUAAUACGAGAAGGACGAGAGUGCGUGCAUGCUUUGUAUUAUGCGACUCGUAAAAAAUCGCUUAGGAUCUUACAUUAGACGUGUGUGUUUUGUGAAAUCCACAUAAACCCCAUAUAGGAAGAAAGAAUUGUUGCUAAUGGAUAUAUGAAAAUUGUGAAACCCGAGUUCCGUCGGUAAUGUUAAAAUUGUAAAUAACGAGCAUGAUGAAUUAGUGUUUGACGUGAGAAGUACGAGUAAAAAAUAAAAGUUAUAAAAAAAAAAAAGAAGAGAAAAAGAAAAAAAAAUAUGGAAACAAUAAUAAUCAUAAUAAUCAAUAAUAAAAUAAAAACAAUUUACGA